AUGCUGCGCAAGUGUCCAGUCAGCUGCGGCAUCUGCUCACCCGUCUGCGAGGACGGUGAGCCCGAGAAGAAGCACCCUGCCCAGAAGAGGGGCGAAAGUCACUGCGAUUUCCGUGCGAGGCUCGGUCACUGCGAAGGCAGCAACGCGGAGAGCAUGAUGCGCGACUGCCCCGUCGCGUGUAAGAUCUGCAGGCUCAAGCCGGCCGACACGCUCGGUGACUGCGCCGCCAAGGCCGCUGACGGGGCUUGCCAGAAGGACGCGUUGAAUUUGUUGCGUAGCUGCCCGCUCGCAUGUGGGCUGAGGCGGCUCGACGGGCUCGAGGCCUUUUGCCACGAUUUUGACCCGAAUGCGUGUGGAUCGUGGGCGGCGGCAGGGCAGUGCGAGAAGAAUCCCGAUUUUAUGCUGCGCAGCUGCGGCGAGAGUUGCGGGCUCUCCUGCUCGCCCGUCUGCGAGGACCACGAUAGCUCGUGCGCUACAUGGUUUGCAAACGGGGAGUGCGACAAGAAUCCAAUCGGCAUGCGCGUGUCGUGCCCACGCUCGUGCGGCAUUUGCCAUGGCCUGGCAGUUGCAAGCGCACAAGAGGUGCAAGGGAAAGGUCAACCUGCCCAGAGGCGGCACCCUGCCCAGAGGGUUGGCGAAUCCGUCUGCGAUUUCCGAGCGAGACUUGGGCACUGCGACGGGAGCCGUGCGGAGAGCAUGAUAAAGGACUGCCCCGGCGCAUGCAAGGACGAGCUGUGA